AAUUUUAAAAAGCCAAAAAAAAGAGACGUUAAUGAAUUCGGCAAUGAUGGUAAAUUUAAAAAAUAUAUGCGUAAAUGUUUGAGAUGAAAUGAUGCUUGAGGGUGUAUUGUUAGUUCGUGGAAAUAAGGGUGGUAAAAUUUCUGGGGUGAAUUAAGAGGGGAAAAAUUGUGAAGCAGAUGAAACGCGCGCAUAUAUUCAUUUGGGAUUUGAUAUUGGGGGUAAAAAGGGACGAAAUAGAGGGGACAUUGAGGGUGAUAAAAUAGUCAAGGCACUGGUCGUGAUAGGGGUGGUAUUACCGCGAGGAUAAGACAAAUCGUGGUCGACUGACGACAUAACCGGCACUGUGUUGUAUCAACGAAAUUACAAAAAUAAAAAAAAACACAUUUUUUUAAACAUAAAUUAAUAACAAAUAAAUAAUAGUUAAAAUUAUAAAUAAUUAUUUAUUUAUAAAAUGUGAAUUAAAUAUAAAAAAAAAAAAGAAGAAAAAUUUUGUUAUUUAAUUAAAAUUUGAAAUGAUUCAAUUAUUUUAUAAAAUUUAAUUAAAAAUAAAAAAUAAUUAUUAAAAAUAUGAAUAUUUUUUUAUUGUUUAAAUAAGAAUUUAAUGAACAAUAUUUUUGGUUUAUUUUUUUGACAAUAUAUAUUUGUGUAUUGAGUAUAAAUAAUUAGAUGAAAAAAAAAAAAAGUGCAAGUUGUUUUAAAAAAAAUUUAGAAAUUUUUUUUUGUCAAAUUUUUUUUGUUACAAUGAAAUAGUGUAUUAAGUGAAGCUAUUGUUAUUGUUAUUGUUGUUAUUUAUUUAAAUUGAAUAAUUAAAAAGAGUAUUAUUAAGGUGGUGUAUGGAAUUUUUUAGGAAGGAAUUUGUAAGCAGGUCAAAGUUGAAAUACAAAAUAACAAUUCAAAAUGAUGAAUCUGGAUAAAAUAGACCGGGAAAAAUGCCUGGAGCUAUUUGGAAAAUUUAUAAGAACAAAAAAAAUAGACAAUCUUCAAGGUGAACAAAGAAGAAGAGGUCCUGAACCAACAGACUCGUCAAAGCAAAAAUUAACGAAGUGCCUGACAACUCUGGAUCUGACAUCUCUCGGUGUUGGUUCAUGUGUUGGAACUGGAAUGUACCUCGUUGCUGGAAUGGUUGCACGCAACUAUGCUGGACCUGGUGUUGUCAUUUCAUUUAUUAUUGCAGCAAUUGCUUCAAUUUUUUCCGGUGCAUGUUAUGCUGAAUUUGGUGUUAGAGUACCACACACAACUGGCAGUGCAUAUGUAUACAGUUAUGUAACUGUUGGUGAAUUAAUAGCAUUUAUAAUUGGUUGGAAUAUGGUAUUAGAGUAUCUCAUUGGUACAAGUGCGUGUGCUUGUGCACUUAGUGCGUGUUUAGAUGCACUUGCUAAUGGAGAAGUUUCAGCUAAAAUGAAAAAUACAUUUGGCACAAUAUUUGGAAGACCACCUGAUUUUCUUGCAUUUUUUAUCACAAUAUUGAUGAUGUUUUUGAUGGCUGCUGGUGUUAAAAAAUCUCUAUUAUUUAACAAUAUAUUAAAUGUGAUAAACCUUGCUGUCUGGGUAUUUGUAAUGGGUGCUGGAAUGUUUUACGUUGACUCAAACAAUUGGUCUGAACAUGCUGGAUUUCUGCCAAAUGGCUGGAGUGGUGUGUUUGCGGGUGCAGCAACGUGUUUUUAUGCAUUUAUUGGAUUUGAUAUUAUUGCAACAACUGGAGAAGAAGCUACAAAUCCAAAACGUAGUAUUCCAUUGGCAAUAAUAUCAUCACUUGCAAUUAUUCUUGUGGCUUAUGUCUCAAGCAGCAUGGUCCUAACACUCAUAGUACCAUAUGAUCAAGUUGAUCAAGAUUCAGCACUAGUUGAAAUGUUCGGCCAAGUAGGCGCUUACAAAUGCAAAGCGAUUGUUGCAAUUGGUGCACUUGCUGGAUUAUCAGUGUCCAUGUUUGGCAGUAUGUUUCCAAUGCCAAGAAUAGUAUAUGCAAUGGCACAAGAUGGUCUCAUCUUCAGAUCAUUGAGUCAAGUGUGGCCAAGUACUGGUACACCAGCACUGGCAACAUUGACAUCUGGCUUAGCAGCAGCUGUUGCCGCUCUUUUAAUACAACUUGAAGUUCUAGUUGAGAUGAUGUCAAUUGGAACACUUCUUGCUUAUACACUUGUAUCAACUUGUGUAUUGAUACUUCGUUACCAGCCUCAUUCAACAAAUUUAAUUGAGCUAUUACCACAAAGUCUUCGUACACCAUGUCGUUCACCAUCAAAAGAAGUUCAAAGUAAUUGUCAAACACCUUAUGGUAAAGAGCUGAGACCAGAUCAAUUGACAACAGCAUUAAACACUGUACAAGCAGCACAAACUGAAAUAACAGCAACAAAUAAUGGUCAACGUGUUACUGUACGACGUGUUAGACGAGCAAAUAGUUCAUCACCAGAUUCAGAUGAUACAUAUGGAGGUGAAGAUGAUGACAUUGGUCUUGGAAAAGAUGAUCAAUAUUUAGUUAGUGAUAGAACUGAAAAUAAAUUUUAUGGUAGUGUUCAUGCUGCUGCUGGUUCAAGUUGUGGUAGCACACAUCAAUAUCCAGGUACAACACCAAUUAUUGGACCACCACUUAAUUAUCUUCAACGACGAUUACAAACUGCACAAUAUUUGUGCCCGGCAAUAUUUCCAUGGGUUGAUAGAGGACCAGCAACAGAAGCAUCUGGUCGUUAUGUUAUGAAAAUGGUUGGAGUACUUUAUUUGUUAAUUUUAAUAUUUGAUUUGAUAAUUGCUUUUGGUAUGGGUGACAUGGGAACAUUCAGUACUAUGAUUACAUUUGGAUUUUUAUUUGCUAUUAUUGGUGUGUUACUUGCAAUCAGCAGAAAACCACAAAAUAGAAAUUCAUUGAUGUUCAUGACACCUGGACUUCCGUUUGUACCAGCAAUUGCUGUUACUGUUAAUAUUUAUCUUAUAUUUAAAUUGAGUAUUCUAACACUUGUUAGAUUUACUAUUUGGAUGACACUUGGUUUUUUUAUGUAUUUUCGUUAUGGAAUUAAAAAUAGUACAUUACAAAAAGAAGCUGAUGAUAAUAAUCAUCAUCCAGACAAUGAUAAUGCCGGUAACAUAGAACUUAAAAUAACUGAUCAUACAAUUUCAUCAUCACCAUCACAUCGUUAUGUUAACAAUCAAGAUCGUAGUAUUUACGAAGGACAACAACUUGAUGCAUUUGGUCAGCCAGUAUUUGGUUGCACUAAUUUUGGUGGUUCACCUAGUCAACCUACAAAUACAACAACAGCACCAACAACAGCACCAACAACAACAACACGUACCACAACAAAUCCACUAUUUAUUCCACCAGAGAGUUUGCCAACUUGGGAUGAUUAAACUAGCUCACACAAAACUCUAAAAAUGAAAAUCGCUGAAAGAUAAAAUAAAACAUGAAUGAUUUUAAAAGCCGGGAUUAUCGUUGAGUGAUUUUAUUAGCAAAUGAUAAUUACAAAUAAAACAUGAAUAUAUACACUAGGUAUAUCAUUCAAUCGAUUCAGGAUAUCGAAAGCAUAUCGACGCGAUUCAUCACUUCAUCCAGCGCCUUCCAUCAAAUAAAAAUAAUAAUUAGAAAAAAAAAAAAAUGAAAUACUUGCACUGCGAUUGUAUAAUUUUUUAUUAUUUAUUUACAAUUAAUAUAUUAUUAUUAAUAAUAAUAACAAUUUGAUAAUUAUAUUGUCAAAAGUGAUUUUUUUAAAAAAAUUAAAAAAGCAAUUUAGUAUGCUUGUGGAUAGAAAAUAUAAAUUUUCAAUUAAAUAAUAAUUAAUAAUUUUAAAAUACACGAGGAAAUGUUUAAAUUAAUAAAUUUAUAAUUAUAGUAAUUAUUAUUGUUAUUAUUAAUAAUGUCAGUCUUGUCUAAAAUCUGUAGUUUUCCAAAAAAUUAAAUUCUCGUAAUUAUUAAUUUUUAGCUUGUAAAAUUUUUAUAAUUUAUUUAUAACCUAAAUAUUAGCGAAAUUUGUAUAAAAUUAAUUUCCAUAUUUAAUCUUGAAGCGGAAAAAAAAUUAUUAGGCUUAAUUUUAUGGAAAAUUUUUAGUUUUUAUGAAUUUUUUUUUCGUCGAAAAAAAUUUAUGCUUUUUGCAUAAAUCGCGCACAGAUUUUGUAGUCCGUUUAGAAAAGAAAUAAACAUAAUUGCAAUAUAAAAAAAAAAAAAACUAUAUAUUUAAAAAAUAAUAAUAAUAAAAAUAUUAUCGGCAGGAACGAUGAUAUUUUAUUUAUUUUUAUUUGACGUCAUGAGCAUUUUGUUUCUUCAAUAAAAAAUAUUCAAUUUUACGGGUUAAAUGAUAUAAAUUGUUCUUGCAAUCAAUUGGUAAAUUAAUCACUAUUAAUUAUUAAUAUUUUACGAUCGUUGACGAUAUUCGUGAAAUAAAUAAAAAAUUAAUUGAAAUGUUUUUUGAAUAAUAAUUGUAAACAACCGAUGAAAAUGUGUCCUCAAUGUUUUUCUUCUUGAAAUAUUUAUUAAUGAAAAAUUCCUAUCUUUCUCUUUAAAUUAUUAUAAAAAAAAAAAACAAUAUAACAAUUAUAAUAAUGAUAAAUUUUAACGGAAAAAUCUAAAAUUCCUUUGAAAAAAAAUUCUAGUCGUUGUGAAAUUAUAAAAAAAAAAAAUAUAAUGAAUAAUGUUGAGAGCAAGAUGAAAAAUGAAAUAUAAAAAUGUACCUCAAAUUCUACUCAGAAUAUUAAAUUUUAUCGUUAAUUAAAAAAAUAAUUGUUAAUUGGUAAAUUUAUUUAAGAAUAAUAAAAUAAAUUUUUAGUUUAUUUUUCAUCAUUUUAAUAAUUAUUUUUUUGCUUUUUUAAAAUUAUGUAAUCACCGUGUGUGUACAAGAAAAAGUUAAUGAUAAUAUUAACUAGAAAAAAUUGAAAAAAACAAAUGUAACUUUUAAAAAAAAUAUAUUAUAUGAUAAGAAAAAAGAAUGUAAAAUUUUUGAACUUCUUAUAUGUAUUGGAUAAUUUUUAAUAGUUAAUUUUUUAGUUAGACUUUUGAAUUAGAUAGGAGGAGAAGGCCUAUUUGAUGUAUUUGAAAAAAAUAUUGAUGAAUGAAUGAAAAAUAUAAAAAUUAUUAUGAAACAUUAAAUGAAUUUGGAUGAACAUUUUAACUUAGGAUAAAUUCAUGUUAUUUAUCUAAAUCAUUGGAAAAUUCACUGUGCAUUUUUAGGUAUUUCUAUCUCUGCUAAAAGUUCGAAAGAAAUUUUUUUUUUCUAUCGCAAUGAUUACUCAUGAUAAGAGAAGUAAUAUAAAAUUUUAAUUUCAUAUCACAGCCAGUUUUAAAAGCUAAAAGAAUUUUACAAAAGUUUAAAAAAAUUACGAAUGAAAAUUGAUGAAAAAAAAAAAAGAAAAAUUAACUUUAAAAACGUCGUCCAAGUUGUAUUAUAUUGUCAUGUAAUUUCGAUCUCAACAUGCUGAAUGUGUGUUCAAUUAUACUAACGUUACUAUAUGUAUAAUUAAUUAAAUUAUAAAUUUUUUUUUAAAUAUAAUUUUAUUGACAUUAUAUGAAAUAUGUAAAGUCGGUUUGGAUAUGUGUGCAGCGAAUUUUAUUGAAUAAAAAAAAUUGAAUUUUCCAUGUAAAAUAUAUACCCUCCGUAUAUAAUUACGUUGUUUAAUAUCUAUAAGUAUUAUAAAAAAUAAAAAAACAAAUCAUUCCAAAAUUUAAAGCAAAAAAAAAUAAAUAAAAAUGAACAAAUUA